UCGAAGCCAUUUUAUUAUCACAACAGAAAAGAAGUGCAGCAGGUGCAUCGCUUUCUUUUUGUCUCAAGCAGAGACAACAUCGAUUUAUAUUAAUAUUUGUAUCGAGUGAAAGAUGGGCCAAUGCGGGAUUACGUCAUCCAAAACCGUCUUGGUUUUCCUUAAUCUCAUUUUUUGGGCGGCGGCGGGCAUUUUGUGCUACAUUGGCGCAUACGUGUUCAUCACCUACGAUGACUACGACCACUUCUUUGAGGAUGUGUACACUCUGAUCCCAGCCAUCGUCAUCAUCGCCGUGGGCACGCUCCUCUUCGUCAUUGGCCUGAUCGGCUGCUGCGCCACCAUACGUGAGAGCUCCUGUGGCCUGGCCACUUUUGCUGCCAUAUUGCUCCUGGUCUUUGUAACAGAGUGUGUGGUGGUGGUGCUGGGCUACAUCUACAGAGCAAAAGUGGAAGAUGAGGUGAACCACUCCAUCCAGAAGGUUUACAACGAGUACAACGGCACCAACACGGAUGCUCCCAGUCGUGCUAUCGAUUAUGUGCAGAGGCAGCUGCAUUGCUGCGGUAUCCACAACUACUCGGACUGGAGGAACACUCACUGGUUCAGAGAGUCCAAAAACAACAGCGUUCCCAUCAGCUGCUGCCAGCCCAACAUCAGCAACUGCACCGGCACCCUCACCCGACCGGCAUACCUCUACCAAGAGGGUUGUGAAGCUCUGGUUGUGAAGAAGUUAAAGGAGAUCAUGAUGUAUGUCAUUUGGGCUGCGUUAACUUUUGCAUCUAUACAGAUGCUGGGCAUGCUGUGUGCUUGUGUGGUGCUCUGUAGGCGGAGUCACGACCCGGCGUACGAGCUGCUUGUCACUACCAACAGCUACGCUUGAAUAACUCUCAUGGCCGGCAUCGGAAGGAGAGCGUCACCACGUCACGGUAGAUUUCAACAGUAGUUAUAUAUUUAAACUCAAGUAUACAAGCUCAAGCACACCUUGCACAAUCCAAUGAAGUAGCAAACACUGGCGACGUGGUCCCUACAUGAGGAACCAUGUAUUUAUUUAUUUUAAUAUUCUUUUCCCGACACUGAUAUGCUUUAAAAAGCCAGCAUAUAAAAAAUGGCAAACGGUAUUAUUUUGUCUUUGAAAUAUAGAAAUGAUCUCAUUCAGACAGAAUGGCAAAAAAAAAAUAAAAAAAAUAAAAUGUAAUGGGUGCUUAUGUGUUACGUUAUGGUUGAAUGUGUGUAGGGCCAAUGUGCACUCAUGAGAAUUUAGUAGGAAAUUGAACAAAAAGUUAAUGUCUUCAUCCUGGUUGAAAUCGCAUAAAGCCCUGCAUUAAUGCGCUUUAAAUCAUUGGCGUCUGUGCAACCUGGGCCUUCAGUAGGGACAUACCCAACUUAAUUCACCUUUUAAUAUCACCACUAUCACACUGCAGUUAUCGAAACCAUAAGUACUAUUAAAAAAAACAAAAAAAACGCAAUUUAAUAGCACACAACUCUGCCACAUGCAUCAUCUAGGGGAGUCCAGGGUCAAUAUUUAUCUAAUAACAUGACAAAAAAAAAACCAUAAAAAAAUUUCAUAACACAUGAUGAUAACUAUGGGGGAGAAGCUCGGUCAUUCGUGAGAAGCUCAAAGUCAAGCUGCUGCUCCUCUGUAUGGAGAGAAGCCGGAUUAGGUGGCUCGGGCAACUGGUUAGGAUACCCCCCUGGACGUCUCCCUAGUGAGGUGUUCCGGGCACAUUCCGCUGGGGAGGCUAUGUCUCCCGGUUGGCUUGGGAACGCCUCGGAAUUCCCCCAGAAGAGUUGGACAAAAUGGCCGGAGAGAGGGAAGUCUAGGCAUCCCUGCCUAAACUGCUGCCCCCGCGACCCAAGCCUGGAAAAGCGGAAGAAGAUGGAAAUAUGGAUGGAAUGAUGAUAUUAACCAGACAUGCUGAUUAUUACAUGCAUUAAUGUGUGCAGAUAGCUACACUUGUUUUGCUAGUCUAACUUGGUUUGCUCCAACUAUCAACUACCGGAGACAAAUUCCUUGUGUGUUUUUUGGACAUACUUGGCAAAUAAAGAUAAUUCUGAUUCUGACCAACCGAUCAGAGAGUGGAGAAAUACUGACUCACAGCUUGCUGGCCCUGCAAGGAGAUUUUUAAAUCUGGUUGGCUGAAGGAACAGUCUCAUUGAUAAUAUAGUUUGAGUCACAUCAGCCAGCAACACUGAUUGUGAAGGCCCUGGGCAGAUUAGCUUGACAACACAGCACAUAGAGGCUGCAAUCUGAUUGGACAAAACAAUCUAAUAUCCACAUACACGUACUGGAAGCAUUGCAGCCAAGAAAGUGCUAUAAAAUUAAGAGAAUGGACUGUUUAUGUUACGGACGUCUCUAGUGCUGCAGAUGUGGACCCAAAAGCGAACAGGAGUCGUAUGGUUAGAGUGGAUGUUUUGUUUAAUAUAUCAGGGGAGAUUACGUGUACAGAAUCACAGGGCGAACGGUAAUUGGGUGGGUUGCUGGGGCUAGGCAGGAAACCUGAUCACAAGGGCCGAGGGGAUUCUUGUGGCGGUUGAGGAGUAGAGAGACUCGAGGAGACAAUGCGAAGGCUGGGUGAGGGACACAGCACUGGCACUGGUGGAGAAAAAACGGAAUCAAAACCAGGUAUUCUCAGACAAAAAGGUUAUACAGGAAACAGGCGUGAUGGCCGAAGUACCACUUGUGGAAGCGGAAGUCAUCUGGCUGUUGCUGUUCGUUGAUCCGGCAGGAUCUUUAAACCCAGUUGAUUGCGGAUUGGUUGCAGGUGCGCAAGAAUGAGUAUCCCUCCAGAAGCUGCCCAGUCUGAAACAAUAAAACAAACUACAAGCAGUGUGGUGCAGGAAAUGAGCCCACCAAAAUAUGACAAGGCUGUGCCGAACCACCACAGUUUAGAAUACAUUUGAAUAAUUUCAUGGAACAAGUAUUAGAAUUUAGGCUGUAAAUGCAGGCCAGUGCUUUUGAUAGUAUUUAGGCCAGCAGAGAUGUCCUAAAUUUUCUUUCAUUGAAGCUUCCCAAUACACUUCAAACAUGACAGACGUACUCCACAAAGGUUAAACCAUGGCAGACGUGCUGCAGUCAAAAUCCCGUAGAGUGGAAUAGCUAAAGUUAUAUUUUAUAUUUAUAUAUUUUCCUGGGUCGAACUGUCACCAUCAUUAAAUGUUUAAAUUGUCAUACAAGUGUAAAAACAAGUGAACUCUUAUUAAUAUUAAAGGUCCCAUAUUUGAGCUAUUACACCUCCAUAGAGUGACUCUCUAACAUGGACUUCGUAUAACAGUGUCAAUUUAAUUUCAAAAAGCACCUUUGUUGUGUCAUACGAUUGUCCAAAAAAGGCCUCUCUGAUAGCUACUUCUGUUCGACCCAGUUUUGUGUCCGUUGUGUCCAUAUCUGGCUAAGACCGCCUCCUAUCCCCUGAUUGGUUGCCUCUGUGUUGAAGACCCACUUGUGAGAGCACACGUGUUUAUGUUGACAGCACUGGCUUAGGAACGGAGAGGUAGUGAUGUAGAUGAGUUCGAAUAACUUCGAAUGACCUGAUUUCAGGGCCUCUCUAGAAAAAUGUCUAGAACAUUGUAUCAUAUUUCACGUUUGCUGAGGCACCACAGAGCCAAUAUAACAUCCCACACACAAGAAUCCCCCCCCCCAAAAAAACACUACUUUUCUAAAACGUGUGCAAUUCUUAGCCAGUCAAACAGCCACUAGCACUAUUAGCUAACGUUAGCAGUUGACUCAGCUGCCUGGACUUGAUCAUCUUUUCCGCCUCUGCAUCUUCACUCAUGCUUCGAAAAAUCCCUUGUUCUUGUCUUAAGAACUCUUGUUGAGGCUUGUCCUUCUUUUGGAAAUGGUGUUGAAGCUGGUUGAGAUGAAGUCCUGUGAGAUUUGUUGGCAUCACAAAUGACAGCAGUUUGUGCAACGUUAGAUGCAUAAGUUUUUAAGAAAAAAAAAAAAAUAAGAAACCAACUUUCAAAGUACUUAAGUGCUUAAGGCAGACCUUGGUAACAUGGGAGUCAAUGCAAAACUAAUAAUUGCAGCGUGUUGUACAAAAUCCUACUAAAUUUGAGUGAGAACACUGCAGUCUGUAUGUGGGAUCUUUUUUCUUAUGUGCUACUUUGUACAGUGAUUGGAGCUUUUGAGACAUUUUGUGGUUGGGGGGGAAAAAAAUAACAAAAA